AUGUUUCCUUUCCUGAGCUUUAACAUCACCGGCCUCAAUCCCACGGCCCACUACAACGUCUUCGUGGAGGUGGUGUUGGCAGACCCCAACCAUUGGCGUUUCCAGGGGGGCAAGUGGGUGACCUGCGGCAAAGCCGACAACAACAUGCAAGGCAAUAAGGUGUACGUUCACCCCGAGUCGCCCAACACCGGAGCUCACUGGAUGAGGCAGGAGAUUUCUUUCGGGAAAUUGAAGCUAACGAAUAAUAAAGGUGCUAACAACAACAACGCGCAGAUGAUAGUACUGCAAUCUCUACACAAGUACCAGCCCCGGCUUCACAUUGUUGAAGUAACUGAAGAUGGUGUUGAAGAUCUGAAUGAUUCCUCCAAGACUCAAACAUUUGUUUUCCCUGAAACACAGUUCAUAGCAGUUACAGCGUAUCAAAACACUGAUAUUACCCAGCUCAAAAUUGACCAUAAUCCUUUUGCAAAAGGCUUCAGAGACAACUAUGACUCAAUGUACACAGCUUCAGAAAAUGACAGAUUAACUCCAUCUCCCACGGAUUCUCCUAGAUCCCACCAGAUCGUCCCUGGUGCCCGAUACAGCAUGCAACCAUUCUUCCAAGAACAGUUUGUCAACAACCUGCCCCCAGCCAGGUUUUACAAUGGUGAGAGAACCGUCCCUCAGACAAAUGGCUUGCUCUCUCCGCAGCAGAAUGAAGAGGUGGCCAGCUCUCCUCAGCGGUGGUUUGUGACACCUGUACAGCAGCCUAGUGCCAACAAACUGGACAUGAACUCCUACGAGACAGAGUAUUCACCUAGCACCUUGCUCCCUUACGGCAUUAAAUCCCUCCCCCUUCAGACAUCCCAUGCUCUGGGAUACUACCCCGACCCAACAUUUUCAUCCAUGGCAGGCUGGGGGAGCAGGGGCUCUUACCAGCGAAAAAUGACGACAGGAUUACCUUGGACCUCCAGAACAAGUCCUCCAGGUUUCUCUGAAGACCAGCUUUCAAAGGAGAAGGUGAAAGAAGAAAUUGGCUCAUCCUGGAUAGAAACUCCACCCUCCAUAAAGUCUCUAGAUUCAAAUGAUUCUGGGGUCUACACGGGUGCUUGUAAGAGAAGACGGCUCUCCCCUAGCACUUCCAGCAACGAAAAUUCCCCGACUAUGAAAUGUGAGGACAUAAAUGCUGAGGACUAUAGCAAAGACACGUCAAAAGGCAUGGGCUACUAUGCGUUCUAUACUAGUUCUUAA